AUGUUUAUCACGGUGAUGUCUGGAGCUGGCUGCUGGGAGCUGGUGAACCCCUGGUGCAGCCUGGUGAUCCUCAUCACCCACCUGAGGCAGAGGGGGCAGGUGCCCCCAGAUGUGACCAUAGCCCUCCUGGCUGAGGAUGGGCACCUGGUGAACCUGGCUGAGGGACUGGAAGAGGGGCCUUCCCUGGCACCCUCCAUGGGCAGCCCCCUGCUGCAGGAGCGUGGGAUCUAUGUCCUAGUGCAGAUCAUCACCACAGGCCACCCAAGCCCUGCCGAGCCCCUGCUUUGGCCAGGACCUAGCCCUGAACUUCCCAUCCAAUGCCCUGUCCUGACCCCACUGUGGGCCAGCAAACAGGUCCAGAGUGAGAGGUGGGGGUGUGGACCACCAGGCCAGCCAGGAAUCAGCCUUCUUCCCUCCGCAGAGGGUGAGGGCGGGGCCCCCACCUGCUAUGAGUCCCUCCUGGAGAACCUGGAUGAGUGGUGUCCAGAGCUGGCAGAGGAGCUGCGCUGGCUGUCGGGCCUUCCCCCCCUGGGCGAUGGCUGGAGAAGGCGUGCCGGCACUCUGCGUGGCCACCAGCAGCAAGGCCCUCCUUCACGGCCCCGAAGGGUGGGCUUCCUGCUGUCUGGGACCCACUAG